CAGUGGGUACAACAAGUCCAAACUUUCAGUUUUUCAGGCCUCCAAUGGAAAAACAAUUGUAUGAAGAAUGGAUAAAAGCAAUUAAGAAACAUCAAAUCAUCCGAAAUAUUACAUUCGUAUGUAAUUUACACUUUGAUCCCAAAUCAAUGGUUAAAAUAAACGGAAAAAUGCUUUUAAAACAUGGCACAGUCCCAAGCAUCUUCACGAACAAAAACCACAUUAAUUCAAACAUCGAGGAAGACGUUAGCUUGAAAUUGGAACCAGUUGUGAUCGAAGAGGGCCACGCAAAAGAUACAUUCCAAUUGGUAAACGUAGACCAAAUAAUACAGAAUGCGGCCACAAUAAAAGAGGAGGCAAAUCAGCCUGGGCAACAAACUCAACAAGUAAAAUCGAUUUGCAAUGGAUGCGCUGAUCGCGACUUUGAAAUCAAUAAGCUGAAAGUAGAAGUGAGACACAGAAAUAAAUUAAUUCAAUAUUGGAAGUCACUUGCUUUGCAGUACAAAUGUGGCAACAACGAUCCAUUUCCAGACAUGAUAUCAACAACCGAGCAAAUGGAAGAAACGGUUGAAAACAAUAGAGAAUUGGAUAAAGUGACCAACACUGCAAAUGAUGUUGAUUUGAUUAUUGAAAAUGAAAAAUCUUCUGCUCAGGAUCGCCUUUUAAAACCGUAUAAAUGUGGAAGGUGUAAUGAAACAUUUGAAACACCUAAGGAAUUGGAGCAUCAUAUGCGGUCAAUAAAUGAAAAGCCGAAAAUUAUAAUAAAAGAAACAAAGGAAACCAAAUUUGGAAAGCGUGCAUAUGAAUGUUACCUAUGCAAAAAGGCAAUGCCCUCGUUGCUUCGAGUCCAAAGACAUGUGGAAAAUCACUCUAAACAAAAGAUUACCAAAAUGAAACAUUGCACUGUAUGUUUUAAGAGCUUCGUGUUAAGUAAAAUCGAUCAGCAUUUAUGUACUCAAGAGAUGGAAAUUUGUUGUGAAUAUUGUACACAGAGUUUCACGUCCACAUAUCGAUUGUUAGACCAUUUAGACUCACGUCAUAUGGAUGCUACAUUAUAUCCAUGCACCAAAUGUACGAAACAUUUUAGCAUGAUGAUUUUGAAAGACGUCCAUGAACGUUGUCAUGACAAAGUUAUUAUUUGCGAGAUUUGCUCUGAAUCAUUUUCUCGUCGGAUCGAAUAUUUAGAACAUAAAAAAACACAUGACACUGAAAAAUCCGAAACAGCAUAUCUCUGCGAAAUAUGUGGGAAAGAAUCCAAAACGAGAGAUAACCUUUCGCAACAUAGGAAAGUACACAAUGAACCGAAGUUCAAAUGCCCGGACUGUCCGCAAGUAUUUCGAUUUUUAGGUGGUCUAAAGAGACAUAGUUAUGUCCAUGGCAAUAAUGCCCCGCAAAUAUGCAAGAUUUGUGGUGCAAAACUAGCGUCACCGAGCGGUCUCAAAAAACAUAUCCGUAAUGUACACAAAGGCUCUCACGUUGAUUGUGAAAUAUGCCACAAGAAAAUCAAACGCAACAGCUUACGUCAUCACAUGAAAUCACACUCAAAUAUAAAAUCAUUUCAAUGUGAAUACUGCCCCCAAAAAUAUAAAUACAACGGUGACUUAAACAAGCACCUUAGAAUUCAUCUUGGCGAAAACAUUCACCGAUGCAACCAGUGCCCUGAACGUUUUCGGCUUCCGAUUGAACUUCAAAGACACUCUUUCACCCAUUACAAAGAAAAACCAACGAUUUAA